UUUCAAAUUAUUUUUUCUUAAUUCUUUUAAAUAUAAAUUUUAUGUUAAUUCUAUAAUAAUCAUGAAUUUUGACCAUUUAAGAUCGUAUGUUGAAAGAAUCAUUUGAUUGCGUAUUUGAAAUCGUUCGAUUCAAUUAGCAAUUGUGUAAUAAUAGAUCCGAUAUAUUAAAUAUCGUCUCUCGUGUUUACGAUUGCAAAUAAAAGAUGUGACGAAUUGCAAAGUAAAAACAUACGUAACAUUUAUGUCGGGGGCAUAUGAGAUUCUGUUUACGUCCCUGCGGUGUGCGUUCCGUCUCUUACUUCCCGCCCCCCUGCCCAUAGUACGUCAUCGAGUCGUAUCUCGUAUACAUCGUUCGAACUCGCUUCGUUCGUUUGUCUUUGGCGUAAACCCUUUCUCCUUCUCUUUCUCUCUUUCUAUAUCUCGUAUGUGCACAUAUGUGAAACUCUGCCAGUGUGUACUCGUGGAUGACUCUUGUAACUAUCUUCGUCAGUCAUAUAGCACUUUUUCGCUCGAUGUGACACUGCGAGUAGUGGUUUGGGAGGCUUCACCACGGCGCCAUCGAUCCCUUUUGCGCGCGUGCUCUAACUCUGUUGCGCUCGUGGACGAGCGGACACGAGCAUGAACGCGGGUGCCCGCGCGUGCGCGCGCUACACGACAAACGCGUUGGCAGAGCGGUCGUCGGUGCGCACAUCGCGUACAUGCAUGUCCGCCAUGGACUUCGUCUCGUCUCACCGCUCUUCGCCUCUCUUCGGUUGGUCUCGCUUCGCUUCGUCUCACCACGUUCGUUUCGCCUCGUCUCGCAAUAGCUUGCCUCACCGCGCCGCACCACCGCGCACUACCAGCUUCCUCCCACGCCUGGGGGCCGGGGACCAUCGCGGAGCGGCCAUUCCUUCAGCGAACUUCGAACAGCGCGUAUCGUAGUAUCUUGUGUCCGCACGCGUCGCGCAAUCGCAGUUGGAACCGUAACAGUGACCAUAAUCGUAACCACGCCUUUUUCCAAAAAACAAAUAGUUGAUAGUGUCGCGUACGUUGAUCGAAAGUUAACGAAUCAAGUUCUCAAGAAAGAAGCGGCAAAGUGUGAAGAAAAAGGUCGACGAUCUGUUUUCGAAACAGAAGCAGAAUCGGAGCAAAGUGCGCGCGACGACUUUUCCGUUCGUUUCGCUGCUAUCGCGUAAACUCUUGACGUAGCAACUACUACUCUCACCUUGUUGGCCGUGAGACGUGAUUAUCUUCAUGCUAAUGCAGAUACACCGCUUAACCUUCUGUGGUUCGAUAUACAGUAAAAGUUGCGUUAUAACUUGUACUUCGCGUUUUAGUUGGUGAUCGAUGAAACACGAGAAAAUAUAGUGGAACCGAAAAGAAAUAUAAUAAGAAAAAAAAGAGAGACAGAAAAAAGAUUAGGAAAGAAGGGAAUAGAAAUAGAAAUAGAAACAGAAGUGCGCGGCGGGUAGCAGUGUGGAAUCGAAGAUCGUCUGUGUGUGCUCGGUGACUCGAUAGUGGAGGAGGAAACUUUAUCUAGGGUUCAUCGGCAAACGGUAUCCCGGUACUCCGGUGCUCCCAUGCUCCGGUCUGACUGUCGCGCCCGUUAGUGUGCCGUUCCUGUCCGUAUGUGUGUUGUGCAUAAACUCGAAACUUCCGAUGCUUUGAUCACAUCCCGUUGCGUGCAUUUACUCCGUGUUGUCCGUGUAGUGUCGAACUUAUCAAGAAUCGGGAAUUACCGAGCUUGUUUUCGAGAUUGUUUACCGAGGUGAAGUUCAAAGUGCGCAGUGACUACCCUAGCCGGGCCGAGUGGACGACGGACCGGGAAAAAAGUUUAAGGACAAGAGCACACGAGAGGAUCGAAAAAAUUUUUGGAGUAAGGAGUAAACGGUCGGUGAAACAUCGCGUCGACAUUCAACGAAUCGAUUGUGCGACCGUAAUCGGAUCAUACGAACUCACAUAGCGGAAGAAGAUGUUUCGCGCGUACGGCGCUGCGCCGGCUGAGACACCUUCAACCACCGACAUUUAUCCAUGGACCACCACGUUCCUCAAUAAAGGAUACAUGAACUGCAAUGCCAGCACGCUGCAAUCGCUCACGCAACUACACGGCAAAUCACCGUUCUUCCCAAGUUUGGAGGAUCAGAGCGGCACGCUGCUAGAGGAUCCUAACGCGCCGAGCCAAUUGGAUGGCGUCGGUGGAGUCGGAGUCGGGGUCGGUGUCGGUGUUGGAGUCGGGGUCGGNNGCGGAAUAACUGGAUCUCAGACGGCACCGCUUUCCUCCCCUAGUCGGAGCAGUCCUCACAGUCAAGGCAGUGAAACCGGAGAACGCUUCUCUAGGAAAGUGUUUGUCGGUGGCCUGCCACCGGACAUCGACGAGGAGGAGAUCAAAGCGAGUUUCCGCCGUUUCGGAUCGUUGGUGGUCGAUUGGCCUCACAAAGCUGAAAGUAAAUCUUACUUCCCACCGAAGGGCUACGCUUUCUUGCUUUUCCAGGACGAAGCGUCCGUGCAACAGUUGAUCGACGCCUGCAUCCAAGACGAAGAGAAACUGUAUCUGUGCGUCAGUUCGCCAACAACGAAAGACAAACCGGUUCAAAUACGGCCGUGGCGAUUGAGCGACGCGGAUUUCGUGCUGGACGCCUCGAUGCCUUUGGAUCCACGGAAAACGGUAUUCGUCGGUGGUGUUCCCAGACCGUUGAAAGCUGUCGAGCUGGCGAUGAUCAUGGACCGACUUUACGGGGGCGUGUGCUACGCCGGUAUCGACACCGAUCCCGAGUUGAAGUAUCCGAAGGGAGCUGGUAGGGUCGCUUUCAGCAAUCAGCAAAGCUAUAUAGCUGCCAUAUCGGCCAGAUUCGUUCAGUUACAGCACGGCGACAUAGACAAAAGAGUCGAGGUCAAACCGUACGUUCUGGACGAUCAAAUGUGCGACGAGUGUCAGGGACAACGUUGCGGAGGCAAGUUCGCGCCGUUCUUUUGCGCGAAUGUUACCUGCCUACAGUACUAUUGCGAGCACUGUUGGGCGACGAUUCAUUCACGGCCGGGUCGAGAAUUUCAUAAGCCGUUGGUGAAAGAGGGUGCAGAUCGACCUCGAACCGUGCCGUACCGCUGGUGUUAACCCCAGCUGCGUUGUCCCUAAUUAUCUCGCAACCCUAGCUAAUUAACUACCACUUCUACGUACCAACUCCUCCUCCUCCUCCUCCUCCUCCGCCUGCUCCUCCUCCCCCUACGAGAACCCCUCCUACCGGCCGCUGUCACCCACCCCGCCAUUCAUUCGAGAACCCCCCCUGGCCCGUCCGACACCUCCGUCUCACCCCCAUGCUCGCAUACCUACCUGCCUUCGGGAGCACAGCCCGAAACCGUUAUUACCGCUACUUACCCACUGAUCGUCG